AUGCCUCGAAUACCGAGAGUAGGCGCAUUCGCCUCGCUACCGUCGGCAGUCGUCCCCGUUCACCGAGUCCCCUUUGUCGCCCGCGCCACCUUCUCAACCUCCACACCCGUCAACGCCCUCGGAGACAAGACACAAUGGAUCCGAAAGCAGCUCUGGAAGGGCGAGGCUCCCGGUGCUGAGGAUCCUUAUAAUGAGCGUCCGGAGCCGGAGCAACCUACGAAUCUGCCGGACGAGGCUAAGGAACUCUCGAAUGUCGACCGUAGACCUACACCCGUGCGCAACACUCGUCUUGUGCUGCCGCCUAGCAACUCUGAGGCUUUGACUGAGAAGGAGGUCGAGGCUGUUGAGACUGGAUAUACGCCUGCGACGUCAAUUGAUGAUCUGGAGGAAAUUAGCACUCUCAAGACUUGGUGGGAGCAGCCCGGCCAUUGGGGCGAGGAGAGCGAAUUCAAGGGCUUCGCCAAGGCAGAGCGAGUAAAGGACCAGCCUGUGUUGGAGGUUUAUCUGCGCCAAGCUCUGGUUGAGUCACUCUCGUACCAGCAGCGAGGUCUUCUCGAGGAGUACGCUGUGAAGAAGUGGCCCAUCGGCAACAGGGCCCACCUGGACAGGACACUAUCCGCUGGUGUUCUAUUCAAGAAUGGAAAGGCUCAGUUGAGCUCUCACUUCCGCAUUGUUACGGAGAAGCUCAAGGCUAGACCUCAGGAGCUUGAGGAGAGGGUCGAAAUCUCCGCUGAUGAGGCCCAGCAGAUGGUUAAUGCUCUGGACCCCUCAUGGAAGACUGUCACCCUAGAUAACGACUACCUCAAGUUUGCUAUCCGAAAGCGUCUCUACCAACUUACCGGCCACUUCAUCCCCGACGUGAAGCUCGCUGCAGCCAAGACACCACGCGAGCUCAUCAUCGUAGCACUAACCAUCAACAAGCGCGGCAAGAAGCUGGCCGAGGUUCUCGAGGAGCAAAAGGCUCUCGCCGCGCUCCCCAACGUGACAGUGCACAACAGGAGAGUCACACCCAUCGACCGCGAGGUUGCGGUUGGUCGAUGGAAGGUCAUUGAGGAGGAGCUGCGGAAGCGUGAUCUGCCUGUUACCGGAACAGCAGGAUACGGUAAGAAUAAGGAGAGGGAUUGGUUGACUGGUAAGGCUUAA